GUCGCGUAGGUGCGCAGGCUGACCCGGAAGUUGUUACGUAGCGGCUAGAACACGCGUUUUGGUUUGAGAGCUGUGCACAUGAGCCCGGCUUCACUGGCUGUAGAACCAUGUCCUCGUCUAAAAGGAAGAGUAAAGGGGGUGACAAGGCGAUGAUAAACUCGCCGUGUGCGGAGUCCAGAACGUCAGCGGAUCCCUCUGUGUGUAAAGUGACUGAUUUCUUAGAUAAAGCUGAAGACAAGGUUCCGAAGGCUUACAGAUAUUCCUUGGUACAACUUGGGCUGAACACCAUGAAGUCACUGGAUGUGUGCAUUGGGCGCCCUGUUUUGCUUACAAGCACAGUUGGGAGACAAGAGGUUUGCACUGCUUGGCCUGUCUCAGGUUUGCCUGCAGGAAAAGCUGGCCUCUCUGAAAUGGCUCAGAAAAGUAUCAGAGUGAAUACUGGAGAUUCAGUCAUUAUUCAGCCAUUGACUGGACCUGUGCUGGAGGCUGAGGAAAUUGAAGUUGUGCUCAGGGAUAAAGAUGCCAACGCUAUUAAUACUGAAGAGCUCACAUCUUUCCUGGUGAAGUUCAUGAAUGGGAAGGUAGUGUUACCGGGCAACCUUUUAAAUGUGAACUUUUAUGGGAGGCCGUGCAGCUUGCAGAUGACAAAAGUAAAAGGAAUCGAUGGCGCAGUACAAGAAUCUUUGCACAGGACAAGUUCUGAACAUGAGCUAACAUUAGAAAGGACCAGUCUUAAUACCAGCUCCUCAGAUAUCUCUUUACACUUGAGCAUGCUAAAUAUAGAAGACAGUCAAAGUAACACAACCAGCACUCCACGCAGAUCCAAUGAGCAUGAAGAUUCAUUUGCUCAUGCAGAUGUUGUUUGUGAGACACCUACAAAAGGCCAAAAUGCAGGGGAAUCCGGGCAAGAAUACUCGGACUGUAUCUCCACUGAUAAUAAUGAUUCUAGUGAAAAGGACAGUCUAACAUUACCACACAGUAGGAAAGGUGCAAGGUGUAGCAGAGAUACAUAUUAUUGUAUUUCUCCCCAAACAAAAAUCACCUACAGAGAGCAAAAGACUACUUUGGAAACAGGAACAGACGAACUGAAAAGGAGAGUUACAUACGAUAUGAUUGGUGGUUUGAAUACAGAACUAAAGGAGAUCAGGGAAACAAUCGAGUUGCCUUUCAAACAGCCUGAACUUUUUAGGAACUAUGGGAUUCCGCCUCCUAGAGGGGUCCUGCUUUACGGCCCUCCAGGGACAGGCAAGACGCUAAUAGCGAGAGCAAUCGCCAAUGAAGUUGGAGCCCGCGUGUCUGUUAUCAAUGGUCCUGAGAUAGUUAGCAAGUUUUAUGGGGAGUCAGAGGCACGGCUGCGGCAGAUAUUUGCAGAAGCAUCCCAGUGUUGCCCUUCCAUUAUAUUUAUUGAUGAGCUGGAUGCUUUGUGCCCAAAAAGAGAAGGAGCCCAGAAUGAAGUGGAGAAAAGAGUAGUGGCCUCAUUGCUUACGCUUAUGGAUGGUAUUGGCUCGGAAGAAAGUCAAGGGCAAUUGUUGGUAUUGGGUGCCACAAAUCGCCCACAUUCACUGGAUCCUGCACUUCGUAGGCCUGGGCGGUUUGAUAAGGAGAUAGAAAUAGGUGUGCCCAAUGUUAAGGGACGACUGGAUAUCCUGCAGAAGGUCCUAAAGAAAGUCCCUCAUGGACUAAGAGAGGAGGACCUUGCACAACUAGCAGAUAGAACUCAUGGAUAUGUGGGGGCAGACUUGGCAGCUUUGUGUAAAGAAGCAGGCAUGCAUGCUUUACGAAGAACACACAGAGAACUCUCCAGCCCACCAGACAGAGAAAUGUCCGGUUCUGUGGUGAUCACUUUGAAUGAUUUCCUACAGGCAUCAAAUGAAGUCAGACCUAGUGCCAUGCGUGAAGUUGCCAUUGAUGUACCCAAUGUAUCAUGGACUGAUAUUGGAGGCCUAGAGAAUGUUAAACUGAAACUAAAGCAAGCAGUGGAGUGGCCAUUAAUGCAUCCUGAUUCAUUUAUUCGCAUGGGGAUACAGCCACCAAAAGGAGUGCUGCUCUACGGACCACCAGGCUGUUCAAAAACUAUGAUAGCAAAGGCACUAGCCAAUGAAAGUGGGCUUAACUUCUUGGCAGUAAAGGGCCCAGAGUUGAUGAAUAAAUAUGUUGGUGAAUCAGAGCGAGCUGUCCGUGAGAUUUUCCGUAAGGCAAGAUCUGUUGCCCCUUCGAUUCUUUUCUUUGAUGAAAUUGAUGCAUUGGCUGUUGAGAGGGGCAGUUCUGCUGGAAAUGUUGCAGAUCGAGUGCUGGCUCAGCUGUUAACUGAAAUGGAUGGGAUUGAACAGCUGAAAGAUGUUGUGAUUUUAGCUGCUACAAAUCGUCCAGAUCUCAUAGACAAGGCUUUGAUGCGCCCGGGACGUAUAGACAGGAUCAUCUAUGUGCCAUUGCCAGAUGCAGCCACCCGUAGGGAGAUCUUUAAACUGAGAUUUUGCUCUAUGCCCAUUAGCACUGAGAUCUGCUUGGAUAAGCUGGUGGAACAAACACCGAAAUACUCCGGAGCAGAGAUCACUGCUGUCUGCAGAGAAGCAGCACUUUUGGCUCUUGAGGAGGACAUUCAAGCUGAAGUCAUCACAGGAAGACAUUUUGAGAAAGCUCUAACCAUUGUUACUCCCAGAAUUCCAGAUUCAAUGAUUCAGUUUUAUGAGAGAUACCAGGAAAAAAGUGGACUUCACAAUUUAUAAUUGGACAGUAUGACUUUUCACAGUAACAAUUGUUUUCUUCAUUUUACAUUAAGAUAAUCUGUCAUUUGGUAUAUAAUAUUCAUGCUUCCAGUUGCUGACUUGCCAAUUUAAGAAAUAAAUUCUGCUUCUCUGGGAUGGUUUCUCCAUGCAGCA